UUCAUCCCCAAAUCAGCCGCCGCCGCCGGCGCCUCAAUCUCCCGACCUCACUUUCUUCUCCACCCGCCGCCCCAAAUACAUCCUCCCCUCCUCCCCUCCCGCGCGCCGUCACCUCUCGGCACCACUGGGCACCCGCAGCUCGGCCACCCUUCUCCCCCCCUCUUCCUCCAUUACUCAUCUUCUUCUGUUUGCUCACCUCCUCAAUCCUUCAAUGUAUCCACUCUGCUUGUGCUCGUCUACUGACCUGCAGAUCUGGGGAGUUAACGGUCAAAGUAAACGGUCAAACUAACAGUUAUCUUACAUGUGGUCCCAACUUGUCAUAAUCAUGAUCAACUGAUAAAGACUCGACGAUUUGAGUUUUUUGAAACAGCAAACCACCCAUUUGGUAGUUAUCUGAGAAAAAAUAAAAUCUGGUAGUUUUUUGGAACCCUAGCCUGUAAAGUAGUAGUUUUAUGCUAUUUACUCGCCAUCCUCAGGAGAGGAGCUUGAGCGCGCAGCAAUGGUCGCCUCUGUUCCCCCGCCUGCAAAGAGGAAGAAGGGGGAUCCGAAGCCCUCUCCGCUCCUUCUGGGUGCAGGUUGGUCCGCCCUCCCGCCGGACCUCGUCCGCCGGGUCGCCGACUCCCUCCUGGCCAUGUUCAUUGGCCAUCAGAGGUCCCUGGCCAUUGAUGCAGACAAGUUCCCAGGCAUCGAUGCAAACUGUGUCUACUACACCGACAUUCUGGGUUCAUCGGCUCAUAUCUGCAAGUGGAACAUCAAGGAUAGGAAAGUAGAGAGGAUCUCUGAAUCUGCCGAGUUCUUGAAGCAGGACAAGAAGUUUGCCCUCGUCGCUGACCGUCCUUGGACGAUCAUCCACCUUUUUUGCAGCUACACCAUCAACAUCCCGGUUCUCAGCUGGCUUUGCAUCAGAUUCCAUAAGGCGACGGUAGACCUUCAUUCAACUCUGGGGAUCCUGAUGACUGCAAAGUAA